AUGCUCAUAGAUCAUCAACAGCAAUCAACACUUUAUGAUCCAAUGCUUGAAAUAAAUACGAACCCUUAUACAAAUGUACCAAAAUCACCAACAAUUUACAAACCAAAACAGCGUUUUGUUAAUCUUCUCGAACAAAACUCAGUACCAUCAUCAAAACUUGACGAUCCCUAUCUGAAAUCAUAUUCGAAAACUUCGUCUACACCUGACAUCGCUGAUGUUUGUAAUCAAAUAGCUGCCACAUCGGGAAAUUCAGAACAUGGAAAAGUGCCUACAACAGUUAUUCAUCACUACAAUAACAAUAACACGAAUAAUUUCCAUGUACCAUCAUCUUCAUCAUUUUUAUCUUAUUCUACGUCAGACUUAUCAAAAAAUUAUUUAUCAUCAUCUCCGAAACACAUAGAAUUAUCUAUUCCUGACAGUCAGACAAUCGAUCGAAAUUAUCCACGUUCUAAAUCUUCACCACCGACUAAAAUUAGUAGUGAUUCGUUUAAUGUUGAACAUUAUCCAAUCAAAAGUGAACCAAUAAAUUAUACAAAAUGUUUCCAAGAUGGAUUUCCAAAUGUAAAUGCAUUACCCUUUGUUAGUAAUGGAAAUGAUUUUAUUAAAUCUAAUGGAAAAACAGGAAACAAUGGUUUGUCAAUUCAUGUACCAUGCAAAGUCUGCGGUGAUGAAGCAUCUGGUUUCCAUUAUGGUGUAGAUUCGUGCGAAGGUUGUAAGGGUUUCUUUCGCCGUUGUAUAACUCAAGGAAUGUCUCAUCGUUGUACAAAUAACUUAGCAUGUGAAAUAACUCCAUUUAGUAGAAAUAGUUGUCAAUAUUGUCGACUGAAAAAAUGUUUCGAAGUGGGAAUGUCGAGAGAAGCAUCCAGACUUGGACGAAGACCAAAACGUCAACGAGGUGAAAACGGUAUUAAAAGUGAAAAACAACCACAAUCACCCAAAAUGACCGCUCAUGUUGCUGCAUUUGUUCGUCUACAAGAAAUACAACGAGCACAACAACUCGGAUUUGUGACUACUCCCAAUCAAUUAGAGACGAAUAACAAACAGUUAAAUCAAAUACCAUCAACAAUAGAUAAUCAGUCAAAUCUCAAAGUUGAGCCAUGUGAAAUAUCUGCUUCUGUCAAACAAAGUGAAGUUAAAAGCCCAUUGUUACAAUUUCGACAUGAUUCUGUUAGUUCAACGACAGGUAAUAAUUUAACAAAUAGUCUCUCACUCUCGCCUUACAAACAAACCGAAACGCCCAACUCGUCUUCAUCAUCAUGCACCACUCAAUUUCCUGAUAUCUUGUUUGUUAAACAUCACAAAAGAGUUCAACAAUCUUCUCGAAUUCACGACGAUAUCGUUCGUAAAAUAUCUUCGAUGCUAUUGUAUCAAGAAAAAUAUUUGACUGAAAUGCAGGCAAAUGAACUUGAUGAAAUAGCUGAAAUAAUAAUCAAUGCACAUUUGACAGAAUGUGAGUGUACAUUUGAGAAAAUAGCAGUGAAGAUUGAGGAAAAUCCACCAAUAUGGGCCGAUUCACUGAGUGAAGAAUUAAAUUGUGAUCCUGUUUAUGUUUGGGCUAACUGGCAACAUGCAUUAAAAUACAUGACUGUACUAAAAACAUUCAAGUUUUAUCCGUUUUUUAAAGAAAUAACUCAAGAUGAUCAAGUGUGCCUCUUCAAACAUGGUGCAUUUGAAACUAUCCUAGUCAGUUGGUUUACAUUAUUUGAUGCUGAAAAAAAACUGAUGUUAACGCCAGAUUUUUCCGCUUAUAUGGAAAGGUAUUUUUUAAAACAAAUUCGAUUAGCUAUAGAAUUUUUAAAGACAAUGCCUUUGGGAAGUUUUAUGGUAGAAAUAUUUGAUCUUGGAAUCAAAGCCAGUGAAUGUCGAUGGACAGAUGGAGAUAUUGCUUUAUUUAAUGCACUAUUAUUAUUAAAUCCCGAACGAACAGAUUUAUGCGAAAAAGAGAAAAUAGCCAGUAUCGAAGCAAAGUUAAUGCAUGUUUUAUAUAGACAUGUGAGACGAACUCAUUCUGACGACUCAAGAAUGUUUAUGAAAAUCUUGCAGUUAAUUCCAAGUAUCCAUGAGGUGAAUCAGUUGCAUUUAUCAGCAAUUAGUUAUAUCAAAAUAAAUGAGCCAGAUAUUUAUAAAACACUUCCAUCACUUCAUAGAGAAACCUAUGAAGGUUUAUCACCGUGA